UCAUGUUUAUACCAUGUUAUGUGUGUAUGCAUUGUGUACAUUUACCACAUGUAUCCUGAUAUGUGUAUGAUUGAUUAAUCUGCAGUCUCUACCCAGCCGGCUCCAAGCAGAUUGUAAAAUGUAUUGUUUUGGCGCUAUAUAAAUCAAAUUGAAAUGAAUUGAAGUUUCAACUGCUUUAAGAUGGGGGUAUUAGCACGCACCCCUCUCGGUAAUGGAUCAGCCCUAGGACUGAAAUAACAUAUAUCAAUGACGAUGUUUGGACAAACACGCCCAACCAACAAGGAAGUCGUUUCCAAGUUAUGCAUCGAUUUCAGGCGAAACGAAACUACGUGAAAAUCUGUGAAGCGUUACACACAGCACACACGGAGAAUGGCAGAAGCGGCUUUAAGUAACCACGAACUUUUUACAUGUCCGAUUUGUUUGGAUCUUCUUAGGGAUCCAGUUACUAUUCUUUGUGGACACACUUACUGCAUGGACUGCAUUAAGGGAUGCUGGGAUCUUGAAGAUCGGAAGGGAGUCUACAGCUGCCCCCAGUGCAGACAGACGUUCACCCCAAGACCCGUUUUAAACAAAAAUAUUUUUUUUGCUGAACUUGUGGAACAGAUGAAGAAGAACAGGAUCCAAGCUGCUGCUCCUGUUCCAUGUACUGCUGGACCUGGAGAUGUGGAGUGUGACGUCUGCACUGGGAGAAAAGUCAAAGCUGUGAAGUCCUGUCUGGAAUGUCUGGUGUCAUACUGUGAAACUCACUACAAAGUUCACAAUGACAUACACCCUGGGCGAAAACACAAGGUGGUUGAUGCCACAGACCAGCUACAGGAGAGGAUCUGCACCCAACAUGAGAAGCCUCUGGAGAUAUUUUGUCGUACGGACCAAAGUUGUGUUUGUUUGCUCUGUCUGGUGGAUGAACACAAAGGCCAUGACACUGUGUCAGCCUCUGCAGGGAGGAGAGAGAAACAGACACACUUGGGGGAGACUCAGAGUAAAAUCCAGCAGAGAAUCCAGGAGAAAGAGAAGGAGCUGCAGGAGCUGAGGAAGGCUGUGGAGACUCUCAAGAGCUCUGCACAGACAGCAGUGGAGGACAGUGAGAGGAUCUUUACUGAGAUGAUCCGCUCCAUUGAGAGAAGGAGCUCUGAGGUGAAAGAGCUGAUCAGAGCUCAGGAGAAGGCUGAGGUGAGUCGGGCUGAAGGACUCCUGAAGCGACUGGAGCAGGAGAUUGCUGAGCUGAAGAGGAGAGAUGCUGAUCUGGAGCACCUUUCACACACAGAGGAUCACAUCCAUUUCCUCAAGACUUUCAAGUCAGUCAGUGAGACACCUGAGGCUAAAGACUUAUCCUGCAUCUACGUGAAACAAGGCAUCUCUUUUGAGGCUGUGAAGAAAUCUGUCUCCUCACUAAAGGGGCAGCUGGAGAAUUUCUGCAAGGAGGAAGUCAUGAAGAUAUCUGCAUCAGUGACUGAAGUCCAGGCUAUUUUGCCUCCUGAACCUACAACCAGAGAUGAUUUCCUACAAUACUCCAGUCACUUCACACUGGAUCCAAACACAGGACACAGAAACCUCCAUCUGUCUGAGGGGAACAGGAGGGUGCAAUGUAGAAAUGAGGUCCAGUCAUAUCAUGAUCAUCCAGAGAGAUUUGAUGGGUGGUAUCAAGUGCUGUGUAGAGAGGGUGUGUCUGGACGCUGCUACUGGGAGGUUGAGUGGAGUGGGGUGUGUGGGGUUUAUAUAGCAGUCUCAUAUAAAAGCAUGAGCAGGAAAGGAGUGGAUAAUGGGUGUUUGUUUGGAUGUAAUGAUCAGUCCUGGAGUCUGAGACUCUACAGUUCCAUCUCCUUUUUCAAACACAAUAAUAAAGAGACUGAACUCCCUCUAGUGGCCAGCUCCAGAAUAGGAGUGUAUGUGGAUCACAGGGCAGGAACUCUGGCCUUCUACAGCAUCUCUGACACAAUGACCCUCCUGCACAGAGUCCAGACCACAUUCACUCACACACUCAACCCUGGGUUUAGGCUAGGUUCUAGAUCAUCAGUGAAGCUGUUGUGAAUGAGAUGUACAGAUGCUGAAUCCAGACUACAUUCACCCAGCCUCUCUACCCUGGGUUUUGGGUUAGACAUUAGAUCACCAGUGAAGCUGUUGCGACUCUGGGGUGGAUUACCUUGGUUUGUAUUAGAUUACCUUGGUUACAUGUUUUCUUGAUAGCUUACACACUAUAACUGAGCCUUAUAACUAAACAUCCAAAACCAUGAUGCCAUCUACCAGAAGACAAACUCAUUUCCCAAAACUACAAAACACUGUCCCCCUGUUUUCACACAUGAUUCAGAUUUGUUGAACUUUUUGUGCAAAACUCAAAUCCCUUCAUAUAUUACUGGCUGCAUCAUGUGCUCAUUUAGUAAGUACUGGCAUUUAAUUUAAUUAACUCAAGUCAUCACAGCUCAAACCCAACUAACACAAUUCUCCAGGUGGAAACACUAAGAGUCAAAAGAGAUCACACACCAAUCAGAACCUCAGGAUAGGUAGAUAAAUGGGCCAUGGGUCACCUCAAUUGUUUUGGAACAAUGGAUCUACAAAGACCUCUCUUUGAGUACAAACUGUUUAUUUUAUUAUAUUUGUAUUGGUUUAUAUUGGUAAAUACAUGCAAAUAAUUUAUUCGACAUUCUUUACAAAUGAGUUGCAUAUUUUUGUAGGUUUCAUUUUAUUUUACUACAGUACAUUGAGAAAUUAAAACUUCUGAAAAUGUC